AAUGGUACAUUAUAUAAUGCUAAUACUAUUGAAGAAUUUAAUAAUUAUGAUAAAAAGAGUAUUUUAAGAAAUGUUGGAUUAGAAACAAUUUAUAACAAAAUUGUUAAUCAAGAAUGGUUAAAAAAUCCAAAUGAAUUAACUCACUUUUUAUUAUUAACAUUUGCAGAUUUAAAACAACAUGCUUUCCAUUAUUGGUUUGCAUUUCCAUCUUUAUCUUUAUCUGAUAUGGAAAUUAAAUAUGAAAAAUCAGAAUUAUUAAAUGAAGAAAUUCAAUUAAAAUUACAAAAUGAAUUAUUAACAUUUAAAUCUAAUCAUUCUAAAGAAGAACAUGGAUUUUAUUUAAUUAUUGAAAAUGAAAAUUCUUAUCAAAUUAAAUCACUUUCUGAAUUUGAAAAUGUUAUAAAUGGAAAUGAAAAGUAUUAUUUAGGAUUUUCAGAUCCAUCUGCAUUGAAUGAAUAUCCAUCAAUGAUUUUAAGAAAUUAUUUAUUAGCAAGUUAUUUAACAUUUAAAAAAGAUUUAUUUAAUGUUAUUGCUUUUAGACAAGAUCAAAGUUUAUUAUUAAAAAAUGUUAAAAUUACAACAAGUAUUGAAAAUAUUGAAAAUAUUCAAGAAUUAAAAGAUAAAAUUUCAGUUAUUGGAUGGGAAAAGAAUACUAAAAAUAAAUUAGGACCUAGAUUUACAAAUAUGGGAAGUACAAUGGAUCCAAUUAAAUUAGCAGAAAGUUCAGUAACAUUAAAUUUACAAUUAAUGAAAUGGAGAAUGUUUCCAACACUUAAUUUAGAUAAAUUAGGUAAAACUAAAUGUUUAUUAAUUGGAAGUGGAACACUUGGAUGUCAUGUUGCAAGAAAUUUAAUGGCGUGGGGAAUAUUUAAUAUAACAUUUGUUGAUAGAACACGUGUUAGUUUUAGUAAUCCAGUUAGACAACCAUUAUAUGAAUAUGAAGAUUGUUUAAAUGGUGGUAAAGAUAAAGCAUCAUGUGCUGCUGAACAUUUACGUAGAAUUUAUCCAAAUGUUAAUGUUCAAUCACAUAGUUUAGAUAUUCCAAUGCCAGGUCAUUUCAUUACAGAUCGUCAAAAAACUUUAGAAUCCUAUAAGAAAUUACAUGACCUCAUUGAAGAACAUGAUGUUAUUUAUUUAUUAACUGAUACAAGAGAAUCAAGAUGGUUACCUUCGUUAAUUGGUAUUAGAAAAAAAAAGAUUAUUAUUAAUGCUGCUUUAGGUUUUGAAUCUUAUCUUGUUAUGAGAUAUGGUGUUUAUGGUGAUAAUAGCAAUGAUAACAACAAUAAUGAUAGUACUAAUGAAAACAAUGAUGAAUUUAAAGAAAUGACAUCAAAGAGAUUGGGUUGUUAUUUCUGUAAUGAUGUUGUUGCUCCUGUUAAUAGUACAAAGGAUAGAACACUUGAUCAACAAUGUACUGUAACAAGACCAGGAGUUAGUGCCAUUGCAGGAUCCUUAGCAGUUGAAUUACUUGUUUCAUUGACACAUCAUCCAGAAUAUAAAUAUGCUUCUGCAUAUAAUCCAACAAGUCAAAAUAAUGAUGGACAUGUUGAGUCAGAUUUAGGAGUUGUUCCUCAUCAAAUUCGUGGAUCAAUUUCAAAUUAUCAAACCAAUUUAUUAUAUGGUUCAAGUUAUAAUCAAUGUACUUGUUGUUCUCCAAUUGUUUUGCAAAAUUAUGCAAAGGAUGAUUUUAAUUUCUUGGAACGUUGUUUUAAUGAUUCUAAAUAUUUGGAAGAAUUAACUGGUUUAAAACAAUUACAUGAACAAACUUUGAAAUUAUUGCAAGAUUUUGAUUAUUCAAGUGAAGAAGAA